AUGGAAAGUGAAUUUGAAAUGAGUAUGUGUGAUGAACUAACCUUCUUUCUUGGAUUGCAAGUAAGGCAGAUGAAUACAGGACUGUUUCUCUCUCAAACCAAAUACGCUGAAAAUUUGAUCAAGAAAUUUGGUCUCGAAUCUAAUAAGACAGUGAGCAAUCCCAUGAGUACCACUACUAAGCUGCAUGAAGACCAGGAAGGAAAAUCAGUGGAUCCGACACUCUUUCGUAGCAUGAUUGGGAGUUUACUGUAUCUCACUGCUAGUCGACCUGAUAUUUCCUACAGUGUGGGAGUAUGUGCUCGCUUUCAAGCAAAUCCCAAAGAAUCCCACUUAACAGUUGUCAAAAGAAUCAUUCGAUAUAUUUCAGGUACAGUUAACUGUGGUAUUUUCUAUACCUUCGAUACUAACGUGGAAAUUGCAGGGUACUCUGAUGCUGACUGGGGAGGCAACCUUAAGGAUAGAAAAAGCACUUCUGGAGGCUGUUUCUUUAUUGGCAACAAUCUUAUAGCUUGGCAUAGCAAGAAACAAAAUUGCAUUUCCCUCUCUACUGCAGAAGCUGAAUAUGUUGCUGCUGGGAGUUGUUGCACACAAAUGCUGUGGAUGAAACAAAUGCUUCAUGAUUAUGGUAUUUCUCAAGGUUCUUUCAUCAUGGUUCACACAAAGAUCACCACUCGCCUUGGCGGACACCGGCGUCUUCCUCCCCCUGAUGAAGGUCGUCAGGCCGCUGUCAGAGUCGGCAUCCUCUAUCCCGGCAUGCAACGUGACCGCAGCCGAAGCCCUCAUCGUCGUCCCCCUCCUUCUGGUGCCCCCUCUGCUGUUCCUCCUCCUCCUGUUUCUCUGGAUAGCCUUCGUGACUCCAUCCUGGUGACUGACUGGAGGCUUGCCUGUCUUACUACUGACAUGGACGACAUGUACUCUCUUCUAGUUCGUACUCAUCAUGCCGUAACCAACCUCACCAAGGAGAUCCGGAACCUGCAGCGCCACCCUCCAGGGUUUGACGCUCCGGGUCCCUCCACCGCUGUUCCAGAGGCCGUCGCCCCUGCGGAGAGCUCGACUUCGAUGGACAACAAGGAAUUUCAGGACCACGUCAUUAAGCUUAUGGAGGAAGUCGAAGGGCAUUCCCCUUCAAAGGGGGAGAAGUGA